UACUUCCUCGAAUCGAAUGUCGGGUAUUUCGAAGAACGCCGUCCAAGGACUUAUAUGCUUAUAUGUUGAAAUUUAAAACCGGAUUCCGGCGGUCGAAUUAGUGAAUGCGUAAUAAGUUAACUCAUUUCUCGAGAUCCACGUGCUUCAAAAUGUCGUACAACUCGAAUAAAAACUAUUAUGGAAAUAGUUCAAGGAAUAAUCAUGGCGGAUUUGAAAGAGACCAUGAAGGUUACACACAUGUUUAUACGGAUGGGGCGUGCUCAUCCAACGGCCAGCAAGGAGCUCGAGCUGGUUAUGGAGUCUACUGGGGAGACAACAACCGUUACAACAGGAGCCAGCCAGUCUCCGGCAGGGCCACGAACAACACCGCAGAAAUACAAGCGGCUACAGAAGCCAUGCGGACCGCACGCGAAAAUGGAAUUACCAGACUGGCCAUAAACACUGACUCGAAGUUUCUCAUGGAUUCGGCUACUAAAUGGAUGCCUGGUUGGCAAGAUAACGGAUGGAUGACUGCAUCUGGAGAGCCCGUGAAGAAUCAAGCUGACUUCAAAGAGAUGGUUCGGGCCCAGGGAAAUCUUGACGUUAAAUGGAACUAUGUCAAGGCUCAUGACGGAAGUCAUGGCAAUGAGAUGGCUGACAGGCUUGCUAAGGAGGGUGCUGCUAAAUAUAAGUAACUAAUGUUACACACUAUUCUUGCUUUUAUCUCUGUAUGGAGACUACUUAUUAUAUCUAGAAUGUUGAUUUAAGCGGAGAUUUAUUCUCAUAGAGAGACUAAUUGUAAGUGUUGAUUUAAGUAUAAAGAACUAAAAAACUGUGGUCUAUGUACCACCAAUAUUGUUUGUUUCACAUUUUUUAUCUUUAUAUUGUAUCGGCCAAUGUGCCUUAGUUAUCUGCCCUGCCUGCUAUGUAGUUUUGUCUUGAUUAUUUAAUUAAUCACUGAGCUUAUCAAUACUUACCUUAUAAUUGCUGAUUUGCAAAUCUUCCUCAAUACCAUUACUAACAUGAACAGAACUGUCAUAUUUAAAAGCUUAUAGAGACUUGCAGUUCAACCAUUUAGGGUUAAUUCAAUAUCAGGUGCGUGUUAGCUGAUUUCCAAGGAAAUAUCCGCGGCAGAAUGUGGAGAUUUGCCUUGCUCAAGGCAAACACACGCAUGGGUACAAUGCCUCGAGCGAGGCUUGUCUGCAAAGACCAAGCUGCUUUUCACAGCAAAUUAUUGGCGAGGAAGCGUGAUCUGAGCGAACCUGCCUGGAGGAGGAAUUUUAUUAUGGUUGGAUUAGUAUGUAUAGGCUCUUAGUUUAUGUCACAUAUGAUGUCUUUUGUCAAUAUGCAUCAAAUAAAACAACCAAAAAUUGUACCAAUUAUAGAUGGUAGUGGUAGGGACCCAUGUUUAGGGCAGGCAGUAAGAGGUUUUCUGAUUAGAUGAUUCUUUUUUGAUGUCUCUAUUAAUUAUAUAAUUAGUGAAACUAGUGAUAGUUAAAUUUUGAUUACUUUUCUAUGUGAUUGUUAUAUUCUUUUGUAUUUGUUAUUAUGAUUAAAAUGUUUAAAAACUGUGGGUAAUCGUAAAAUCAGUGUUUUUUGUAUGUACAACUGAUACCUUACUCCUCUAUUUUUAUAAUAAAUAAACAAUGUUAUAAAACA